AUGACAAGGCAAUUUCUUGUUUUAUCAAAAAUGAAUCUCAAAUUUAUAAUAAGAAAAAAUACAUAUAAUAAAUUAGAAAUGGACCCUAAACAAAUAGAUGGAGAAGACCUGAAGCAACGGCUUUCCGAAAUCCUGGAAUACCAAUCUCUUAAACCGCCCGCAUCUGAUCCAGUUAUAAACUCUACUCUCAAUUCACAGCUUGAAAACCACAUGGAUGCACACCUCAACAAUUUAAUGAGAAAAAAUAGUGAAGAGAUUAAAGAAUCCCCUCCAUCCCCAGGAAACCAGAAGAAAAGAGGCAGAAAACCUCUCCGUCCCAAUGACCCAAUCAAAAAGAAAACCGAAGAAAAAGACAAAUACUGGCUUAUCCCCCUUUCCAUGAGCAAAUAAAUUUAUUCGCUUGCAGGGGGGUUAAUUUUUUUCAUAAUUUUUUAAUAUUAAAAGCAUUUUUGUUCGCAGGUAUUGAGGUUUUGCAAUGUUUUGUUUGCCAACGGAGGAAGGGAAUUAGAGUUUUCAGAGCCCAUAUGAAAUCCCAGUAUUCGAAAAUUAAACCGAGGCUUACGAAGGAAGAUCAGCUGUUUUGGCUUGAAUAUUUAGGCUCGGAAGGAAAGCCAGGCAAAGGCAACAAAUUUUUAUCAUAUGGCAAAAGAUAUAAAAACUUUUUAUUUUCUCAUCCAACUUUUGUUGCAUAUUUUAGGGAUUGAUUUACCAAUCAUGGACAAGAUGAUUUAUCAAAGAAAACACAACAAGGAUCUGAUUUAUGAUAUGUUUACUAUGAUUAUGCAAGCAAAGACUUGUUUAAUUAUAUUCCUCAUGGAUCUUCAUCUAUUGACGGUCAAGACUCUCCUUUGAGCUGCACUUCUCCGCCUGAGCCUCAAGAAGAAGUUUUGCCAGACCCAGUUGACUUCUGCAUGAUAGAUCCUAAUGACGAGACUUACUUUGAGUCUUUUAUCAAUCAGAUGUAG